AUGAGUGAUAUCGCCGCCCUCGAAAGUGAGAUCAACGAAUACAAACUACAACUGGAGAACGUCCAGUCGAGUCUACAGAACGACCCCGAGAACGUUGAACUACAGGGUCUCAAAGUAGAACUUGAAGAAGUUAUUGCCCUCACCGAAAAGGCCAUUGCAGAACUAAAGCCUCCAUCAGCCCCAUCGCCCGCUACAAAACCCUCCACGCCCCCGGUGAAAGAGAAAUGGUCUAAAGAAAACCACCCCGCGUAUCAAGCUGGCUAUCGGAAGCCUGAAGUCGAAACAGAAGACGCGAAUACUCUCACAUCAUUCUCAGUCAAUGACACGGUAUCGGCCAGAUGGAAGUCGGGCGAUGGCGGCUUCUACACUGCGCGGAUCACCUCCAUCACGGGAUCAUCCAGCGACCCGGUCUACAUUGUCACCUUCAAAAACUAUGGAAACACCGAGACUCUGAAAGCCAAAGACAUCAAACCAAUAUCCAACGAGGCAAGAAAGCGUAAGGCUGAUGGAGUGUCAGGAUCGUCCACUCCAGUGCCGCCUCCAUCAAAUCCCAAUGUCAUCUCAGCUGCAGCAAGUGUCGACCCGACCCUGGCACAACAAGCCCGACGUGAACCGAGUAAGGUCAGUGAUGGUCCAAUUCGACCGGCCAAAAUUCCUCGAAAAGUCAAGGCGAAUAAGGAGCUGGAAGCGGGCAAAAACAAAUGGCAAGAGUUCGCGGCCAAGUCAAAGGCCGGAAAAUUGACCAAGAAAGAUAGCAUGUUUAGGACGGGUGAGAGUGUCAAUGCUCGAGUUGGAUUCACCGGCAGUGGUCAUGAAAUGCGCAAGGAUCCUAGCCGAACGCGACACAUUUACCAACAGGAAAGUCUGGAUGACUGA